AUGGACCAUCCACCAUUUGAAGACCUCACUUCUGAGGUCACCUAUUGGCGACAAAAAGCGGAGGAGUAUCGGCAGGGUAUGGAAGAUGCCCGAGAGGAACUCGAGGAUUUUCAAACCAGUUCUCGAGAGUUAGAGUUGGAGUUGGAAACCCAAUUGGAACAGUUGGAGAAAAGAAAUCGUGAGCUUGUUGUGGCCACAGAGAAAUUAACUGUGGAGCGUGAUGAUUUGAGGAGUCGCGCUGAAACUGGGCAACAUUUCUUGAAUUCUGAAGUAACUCAGUUGCAAGAAGAGUUGUCUAAAAUGAAGUCGGAAAAAGACAAAAUGCAGCGAUAUAUACGGGAGUUAGAACAAACAAAUGACGACUUAGAAAGAAGCAAAAGGGCAGCCAUUGUCUCCUUAGAGGACUUCGAGGCUCGAUUGAAUCAAUCCAUUGAGCGAAACGCAAUAUUGGAAAACGAACUGGAUGAAAAAGAGGAUUUACUUGUCACACAAUUGGAAUUCAAAUUGUCCGCUCUCUAUCGGUCCUACGGCGCUCCUCCACUUUCUGCCCCGGCCAAUGCCAUUCUCCCUCCUCCUCUUAUAUCCGGCUCACCAUUUCACAUGCCGGGCACCCCAGGGAAACUCACCAACGGUGAUGGGACUGCAAAGAACAAUUACAACCGAUUCAAAAAUGGCCAAACAUGGAGUAACUCAAACAUUGUCCUAUUUCGACAUGAGGCGAUGUCCAUAUUUAGUGGCGUGCCACAUUCCGCACGCCACAAAUAUGUGGCGUUUUGUGUGGAGUACUCUUGCCAGGAGGUGAACCCGCAACAUCCUCGAACACUGCCGCUGAUGGUCCGCGAUCGCUUAUUCGGAGGGGUGAAGCCCAACCUAUUCACGGUUAGCCGUGAGUUGACGGCCGUUCCCCUAUCCGCGAUCUGA